UUUUUUGGAAAAAUAAUACCUAUUUUCUUUUAAAGACUUUUGACAAAUGGAUGGUUCUUUGGAAUUUUUAUUUUAAAAAAUUAACAACAAGAAUUGGAAUAUUACAUGCUCUUGAAGAUUUUUCAACAGAAAAUGAAAAUUUUUGUCGAAUUCUUCCAAAUAUUUUGCAUUGGCUAAAUCAAGAAAAAGAAUUUUUGGAAGACGAACAAAUUAUUUUGUGGUAUUCUUCUUUAAAUGAAGAAUCACCUUUGCUUUUAUUGCCUAAAUUGGGGGAGUUGGUUGAGUGGUUGAAAGAAGAGGGGGAGGAGGGGGAUUAAAAGAAUUAAAAAUUGUUUGGAGGAUUUUGGUUGUUUUUAUUAAUGUAAUUUUUGUGUUUUAUUUUUGGAUUUAAUAAAAGAUAUAAAAGUUUUGGGUGUUUUUUAAAAUCUGAAAUAGUUUUUUUUGUAGAGAAAACACAGUAAUAGAUACCGAUUUCAAGACCGUGCGAAUGUGUCGAACACU